AUGCUAGGAUUGAGGCUGCCUGUGUGUCGCCGGGCCGUAAUGGCAAGUCCGCGAGCGUGCUGGAGGCUCUGGCACUCCAGCACUGCAGCCGCCGCAGGGAUGCAAGACCUCUCCGCCGUUCUGCAGCGGAAUUUGGCGCUCCGCAACCAGUCCUUGUACAACCAGAGCUCAGACACGAUCAGAUGUAGCAUGUUCGACUCGGACGGCGCCCUCAUCGGCGGGGCGGCCGCAGACAUCCGUCGCGAGGAACUGAUCCAGAAACACGGACUGCUACCGCGCGAUCUGCGCAAGAUCGAGAUGGCGCGGCGCCACGACCUCGUGCCCAUCGUGCUCGUGCGCGACCGCUGCAUCAUGGUCAGCCUGCUGACCAUCCGCGCGCUGGUCAAGAGCGACACGGUGCUGCUGUUCGACCCCAUGGGCAUCGGCAUGGACUCCGUGGCGCACACGCGCUUCGUUGCCGACCUGCAGACGCGCCUCAAGAACCAGGGCGCGCCCGGCCUCGGCAAGGACCCGCUGCCGUACGAGUUCCGCGCGCUCGAGUCCAUCUUCAUCACCGCGCUCGCGAACCUCACCGCCGAGCUGCGCGUGCACCUCGCCGUCACCAAGGGCGCGCUGCACGACCUGGAGUACGGCAUCGACAAGGACAAGCUCAAGUUCCUCCUGGUCCAGAACAAGAAGCUCAGCGUCUUCCACAAGAAGUCGCUGCUGAUGCGCGAGAUGAUGGACGAUCUCAUGGACCAGGACGACGUGCUGUCCGAGAUGUACCUCUCCGAGAAGAUGCGCGGCAAGCCCCGCGACGUCGCCGACCACAGCGAGCUCGAGAUGGUCCUCGAGACAUACUACACCCAGGUCAACGAGAUCGUCCAGUCCAUCGAGGGCGCCAUCGCCAACGUCCGCACCACCGAGGAGAUCAUCAACAUCAUCCUCGACUCGAACCGCAACGAGCUCAUGCUCCUGGGCCUGCGCUUCGCCAUCGGCCUGCUCUCGCUCGGCAGCGUGAUGUUUGUCGCCGCGCUCUACGGCAUGAACCUCGAGAACUUCAUCGAGGAGGGCAACGUGGGCUUCGCCCUGGUCACUGCCACGGGCCUGGUCCUGAUGGUCUGCCUGUUCCGCUACAGCAUCAAGCGCCUACACAAGCUACAGAAGAUGACUCUGCUCGGCGGCCAGGGCCGUCAUAGCUAG